AUUCUCACUUGCGCGAAAUUCACUCUUUUUUUGACAUUGCUCCGAAUGGAAAUUGCACCAACCUUUAUUUCGGUGUUUCAUGCUCCUGAAGUCCGAAAUCGGUGAGGGUUAAGACGAGAGCGUUCCAGAGCUACUUAUGUCGAACAGUUCAAGAGCGUCACACUCCAGGAGUAUGAUACUCUAACAAUUUAGGAAAGGGUGGAAACCUUCAGAGUUGACAAGUCAUUUUAAAAUUAAUUUCCUUCAAGAUUCAAUAGUUGCAUUCCUUUCACACCUAGGAGGAGCUCCGGAACAGCUCCGGGGCGUUACGCGCUUAUUCCUUUUGAAAAGUGUUUGUUGCACCUGAGUGCUCAAGCCCGACUCAAACCAUUUAAAUGCAUGAAAGCUAGCACAUCUGUUCCUUUCAAAUCGGAGUCGACUAACACCGGAGCGAGUAGCUCUAGUGUUUCCAGCUCUUGAAAGAAAUACAACUAAAGUCAAGUCACAUGACAAGAAUCCACUCUACUCCGUUCCAACGCCAGAGUACAAUCUCGAACCAAGAUGUUAUCGAUUAUCGAACGCACCGCAUUGUUCGGAGUCGGUCAAUCAUUAUUUACAAAUUAUGAAAAAGCCAUAAAAAGCUAGAUUAGAAAAGUUCAAAUUAAAGAGAAAAGGUAAACAUAGGCUUGAACAACAAAUUAAAAUACAGAGAAAUAGUAUGUCGAAGAAAAACUUAGGAAGUUUUUUAAAAAAAAUGGGAACAAUGCAAUUACAAUUCUUAUUUUAAAUGCUUUUGCUUAGUGACUAUAACUGGGGUUUCAUAGUUUAUUAAAAGUAGGUAUCUUUUUUUGUGCCCAACUACUUACAAAACACAAUCCAUUAGAUCACCCAAAAAUUAUGGAACAUUCCGUGAAGUACCAGUGUGAAAAUGAGGAAGACGAUAAUCUUGAAGAAAACGAUGAAGAAGAUUUUGAAGAUGCCUGUGAUUUCACUUCUGCUGAUCUUGGCGACAUGACCUUGGAAAGAGCGCUUGACGAAGCCAAUCAAGCUAUUUUUUAUUUUUUCAAUAACCAGUUCAUCGAAGCCAAACAACUAAUGACUCCUUAUGCAAAUGUCUCUAUGUAUCAUGCUUUAGGCCACUCAAUAUUUCUCUUCCUAGAAGCAAUACUAACAGUAGAGCCUGCAGCCAUAAGAGUGGCAUCGAAAUCAUUGAAACACUCACUUGUUGUUUGCAAUAGAUUCAGGAAAAGAAGUACUAUAGGCGAAUCUCUUGGCAAAAUGGUUAAAAAGACUCAUUAUGAACAAUAUACUGAAAUGGAAGCACAUGCGGAACUUUGUUAUGCUGAAUGUUUAUUGUUGAAAUCUAUGCUUACUUUUAUGGAAGAUGAAACACUUAGUAGUUUUAUUAAGGCUGGGAUUAAAAUAAGAUCUUGUUUUAAUUCUUACAAGGAUUGCCAACAAAUCCUCCAAAAAAGACACUGGGAAAAUGAAAAAAUCAAAUUACAUUUUGAAAGUGGUGUAAAAAUGGGCAUUGGAACUUUUAAUUUAAUGAUAUCCAUGCUUCCAUCCAGGAUUAUUAAACUAUUAGAAUUUAUUGGAUUUUCUGGAAAUAAGGAAAAUGGCCUAACAGACCUAAUUGAAGGUUACCAAUUAAAUGGCAUAAGGCAAAUCCUCUGUACAACAACACUUUUAGGGUACAAUCUCAUAGUGAUGCACGUUUUAAGCCACAAAGAAGGUGACAUAGCUAUAUGUGAAAAAAUUCUAAGACAACAAUUGAAAAAACAUCCUGAUGGUGUUUGGUUUUUAUUUUUCCAAGGACGAUUGGAAUUUAUGAAAGGAAAUUUGAAUGAAAGUAUCAAAUAUUAUACUAAGUCUUGGAAAUCGCAAGAUUUAUGGCCGCAAUUUCAUCAUGUGUGUUUUUGGGAACUUUUGUGGGUCCAUUGCUUAAAAUGUGAAUGGAGAGAAGCUUUAAAAUUCAUAACAAUCCUAACUAAAGACAGUAAAUGGUCUAAAUGUUUGUAUUCUUAUCAAAAAGCCGUAAUAAUGAUAAUGAUGAAAGGAGACCUUUCACGUGAAGAGCAAGACGAACUAGAUUCACUUAUGAAAAAUGUCCCAAGAUACAAACAAAGAAUCGCCGGUAAAUCAUUGCCAAUGGAAAAAUUUGCAAUUAAAAAAUCAGAACGUUACUUUUCCCAAAAUAAAGUCCUAAUUUUGCCAGUAAUAGAACUAAUGUUUAUGUGGAAUUUAUUGAAAAUAAUGAAAACCUAUUCGUUGGCAGCUGAUAUAAUGAAACUAAUAGAAAAUGCAGAAAAAUCUCUCAAUUCUCAACAAACAAAAUACGAUGCUGAUAAUAAAGCUUUGGUUUACUUACUGAAAGGCGCUUGUUUGAGGCACAUAGGAGCUCCAAAUCAAGCCAUAGAUUACUUCGAAAGGGUGAUCAGUUUCCAAAAAGAAUUAGUGGAAGAUAACUAUUUGGUUCCUUAUGCUAUUGUGGAACUGGCUUUAGUUGAAUGGUAUUUGGGCAACAAAGAGAAAGCUUUGCUUGCUUUGGAGGAUGCAAAAAAAAACUACACAAGUUAUUCUUGUGAGUCCAGGCUACAUUUCAGGAUACACACUGCGAUGACUGAAUUCAAGGCAGAACUUAAAAAAAUCAAAACGUUGAAAGCUUAAGUUGUCUUUGCUAGUCAAUUUAUGGGUUUAUGGGUACUUUGCAUCUUGGGUGUCUCAGGAAAUGAAAAUAAAAAAUGGUUUAUGAAUUUAUGGUAUUUAUUCUUUUUCUGGCAAAGUCAUAUUUGACAAUAAAGUACUUUUAAGCCAGUAAAAUAGACUGUAAUUCCAUUUCAAUUUUCCAGUAAUUUAUGUAAAAGUUUAUUUUUAAAAUAUCACUAUUUCAAUAGAUACGAUUUUGCCAGACUAUGCAGGAAAUUUUUAUGUCUUAUUAGAAAUUUAUACUUUUUGUUGGUGUGUGUAUUUUUUUUGUAAUAUGUAAUACAUAAUGUUAUGUUUAGCGUUUGUAGUUAUACAAAUUAUACAGGUAAUGUGCAAAAUUAGCUGGAACUUAUUUUUGACAUUUGCAUUUAUUAAAAUGGGUUGGUUAGAUAUUAGAGAGAUUUUAAGCCGCUGAAAAAUCAGCAUUAAACAUUAAACGUUAUACUGCUCAUGCGCAAUAGCUUAAGAAUUGAGGAUAAUAUAAAUAACUGAUAUUGUGUUCCUUUAUUUAUGUUCCAAUAAGGGCAACAUUAUUAAGGGAAAUGUUAUCAACAUCGUUGUCAAAUUUAAGUUGAAUAAUUUGAUUUUCAGAUAAAAAUGAAAUAAUUACAAGUAGAAGAAGUCCAUCUACAUGGAUGCUUCUGCAAAACAUUAUCUACAUUACAUAAAUUAUAUAUUUGCUUCGAAAAACACAAAAUAUAUACUUAACGAAAUUUUGGUGGCAUCCUUGUAUUUAUCCAGCAACAAAAAUGUAUAUGAAAUUAUAGGAAAAUCACUGAAAAUAAUCGUUAACGAAAGAAAAUGUAUGAUUAUGAGAUUGGGAACAGCAAACGCAGUCGUCAAAACUUGAAAACUGAUGUUUUCAACGUAAGCACAAUCUAGUGGCUUCAAAAACUGAAAUAGGGGAUAAUGCAAUACCUAAUUUUGUACCGAAUGCGCAUGCCCCAUUUAACGUUUAGUGUAUAAUGACUAGUGAUGGCUUAAAAUCUCUCUAUUAUGUUUGUGUUAUUAAAUUUUAAUAUUUUUACGUAAAUUUGGUGAAUCGAGGAGUUUUAGCAAAUUAAACAUACCUUAAUGGUACUUGUUCAUGUUUUUGUUAUUAUUUUUUUAUUUAUUUUAUUUUUAUAUGUCUUAUUAUAAUCAUAUUAUGUCUGUUGUUUUUCUUCUAAUCCUUUUUAAAUAUUUAUUGUAUUGAUACUAAUAUGUUGCGGUAUACAUUUAUAUUUUUAGAAAUGCCAGAAUUUAUGUAAUUUUUCUAUGGCUGUGUUGUUCUAGGGUUUGUUAUAUUGUAGAAAAUAAAUUAAAUGGAACUU